CCUCCCCGGCAGGGAGAGAAGCCAAAGUCUCUCCAGGAAGAGACAGGAGCGGCCGCAGGUGGUGAACAGGCUGUUUGCCCCGGGGGCCUGCAGGACGCCUCCAAGCAAGGUGAAGACGACUCUACUGCUCCUCAGGGUAUGCCCGUUCGCCAUGAGGGACACAGCCCUCCUCAGUGCCCAGUCAGUGCAUGGCCCCUCUGAGAGGCUCGGGACAGCGCGGCAGCACCUGGAAGCCGGGGGCACAGCAGCUCCUCUGCACCACUGCUGUGGAUCCCAAGCUCCCCCAUCUGGUCCAAGCAUCCGAGAAAGACUCUGGCUGCCUCUGCAGCCCUCUGAGCACCGGCACCUUGCAGGAAGGGCCGAGUCUCCCUACACACUGGAUCCUUGCCCUGGGACCCAGGGAGAGCUCAGGAAGGAGGGCUGCGGCCCUGGGGUCUUUCCAGAGCAGAGCGGCGGGCCUUGGGACGAUGUUGCUGCCAGAGCCCCCAGGCCCCAUCGAGAGGGCCCCUGUGGAGACCACAGCCUCCAGCUGGAAGCGCCUCCCUGUGACCUCAGGCCCAGCAGGCACACAGAGAUGAACUUCUCUCGGAUAAACGGACGUGCUCCCACGCUGCAGGAUGAACCCCUCCUCUCCAGGCACAGAAGGCCCAGCGGAUGCUGUGGGACAGGCACCUCCAAGGCCCUGGGGACAGGAACACUGGCGCUGCCAUUCUCUGGGGCCUGGGUCGGGGUGGUUAGGUGGCUGUGCGGAGUCCCUGCGCGGCGACACAUGGCUGACAAGCCGGGUGCUGGGGCCCUGCGGCUGGACAGCACGGUGAGCCACGGAGCCACUCCAUGACCUUGCUGGGGCGGAGAGGGACCUUUGGGCUCUGACCACCAGCAGGGUCAACCAAACAAGCGCGUGUUAUUUUUCUUCCUGUUGGUGCCGAGGUCAAAGGCCCUGGGGCUCAGUCAGCAGGGGAGAGGGACGUGGCCUCUAUGUGGUGCUUUUGUAGCUGUCCUCCAGGAAAGAGCUCUUUGGGGUCUCGUUUCCCAUUUGUCACAGGUGAACACAUUCAUAAAAUAUAACAGAGAGAAAUCUUUGGUUUGAUUUUUUUUUGGUACCGGGAAUCGAAUUUGGGACCUUGCGCUUGCCAGGCAGGUGCAUGCAUCCCUGAGCUAUAUCCCUGGCCCAGGAGAGAAAUCUUUGGGAAGAUGAAUGCAAUCCUCCACACAGAGAGAAAAUAACAUCACCAGCGUCUAGGAGGUGACAGAGGGUGAGAUAAGGGGUGACAAAGUGCAG